CGUGGUACGAAUACGCAAAACGAAUGCAUCGAUCAAACAGCUGUUGGGUUGGCCGGGGCAACAGUCGAGGACAAGAGCCGCCACUAACCUAAGCCAAGUUGAAAGACGAAGCGAUGGCCAGAAAUCAGUUCAGCCAAAGGCAGCAGCGAGCUAGGACGACAACUGGACUGGAAAUCGGAAAUCGGGAAAGGAGCACACGGCAAAGUAGAGAGGAAGAGGAAGAGGAAGCGGAAUAGGAAAAGGAAAUUCAAAUAUAAGCUCUGCAAUUGACAAUUAGAGACGAGCACUGAGAUCCUGGCAAGAUGUGCGACUGCGGCUGCUACUCGUACUGCUUGCACGACACGACGUCCUGCUACAGCCAUUACCAUUCCCAUUCGCACUCGCACCACUGCUGUGCGGGCUAUAAGUAUCUGAAGUGCCUGUGUCGCUACUAUCGCCACGUGCACUGCACCUGCUCCUGUUGGCGCCGAAAAUGUUACCUGCUCUAAAGCCCAAUCGAGACACAUUUGACAUUGACAGCCUGACAGGACGGAGGAUGCGAUGCGAGCGGGAGCAGCGAGGCAGCACCAUUAAAAAUCACAGCUCAAGCAAUGCAACAACGACAGCAACAACAACAGCAAGAGAAUCAAACAACAGAAACUAGCAAAAAAUCAAAUGAUAAAGUCCUUUAAGUAGUUGCAUAACACUUGGCUGCAUCCUCGGAGGAGCUGCCAGCGUCUCUAAUGGAUGAUUGGGGGUGCGAUUGCGACGAUAGCAACUAGCGUGCAUACGGGUCGUAUGUGCAACGUUUUCAGUUGACUGGGUGAGUGCGAGUGUGACUGAGAUAGACAGAGAGAAAGGGUGAAAGAGAGAGAGAGCGCGCGCAGGGGAGCGAGAGAGAUGGAGCGAGCGAUGUGGCCAACUUGUUAUGGAGCAACUGUUUUUGGUGCAGAGUAUCACUUCGCGCAAACGGAUUCCAUUUAACUAACUCACCAUGUAUAAUCAAACAUACUAACUAGUUAAUACAUAUAGCAAAUGACACACAUACACACACACACACACAGUUACACCAAUAAGUUUUAGUGCAUAAGUUUAUCUUCCAAGCACGAGAUAAAUAUUUGUUAUCGAUAAAUGUUAGUUGUAGUUAUUGAUUCUAUUGAUCAUCAUCGUCUUGAUGAUAAUUUGCCAUAUUUGUAACGAUUCAAACAACAAAUAAAUAAAGUUCUAUUCCAACACUAACACAAA